CACAAACACACAUUUGAAUGAUAGUAGAUAUAAUAUUUUGAACUUAUUUUCAAAUUAUAUAACAUUUAUUGUGUUUUUCUUUCAGUAAUUAUGUUUUGGAUAGCCGUUAAACAAGCGAGAGCCAUCAAACAUGUGAAAACCAUAGAGGAGAAAAUGAAAGAAUCGGUGGAGAUAACAAGGGAGAUGACUUUGCAUUUACGAGAAGUGAUCGUCAUCCGUAGAGAUGCCCCACCCCCUGGGAACAGUCCGGGCUCUACACCUAAUCCUCCUCAGACCCCCACCCAAUGCUCCUUAGUCCCCCCACCUCAUCCUCCUCAGACCCCCAUCCCAUCUUUCUUAGAUUUCUCCACCCCAUCCUCCUCAGACCACCCCACCCCAUCUUUCCAAGACUUCUCCACCCCAUCCCCCUCAUUCUCCUUCAGCUUAUCCUGAAGCAGGUCUUCAGAGACGGAGGCCGGUCCUCUCGUUAAUGUUGCUGUUCCAUGGACCUGGCCUCCGCAGUUUUUUGGGGGGGAUUUUUUUGUUGUUAAUUGUUUUAUUGUUCUGUAGUUUUUUUUAUUUAUUGAUUGUUCUUGUUAUUAUUUUAAAAUUUAAUGUUU